AUGGGUAUGACAAGCAUCAGAGGAGAGAUAGUCCAAGUCCAAGGUGGCCACAUUGUCCUAUCCACUGGCUGCAAAGACAGCAAAGCGGUGGAUUGGCUAAUCAAGAAGGCCAAGUUCGCCAUUGACAAUCUAGCUGAGCUGCCACCAUGGCAUCCACCUGGCACUUCUAAUGCUAUCCGAGAACAACCAGACCCAGAUGCAGGCACAAUAGAAAUGACAAUAGCAAAACAAUCAGUGUCUUUUGGCUACAAUUUUCAGCUCUAUCGGAAAUUAGCUGAGAACCCAUAUGACAAUUCAACCUUCAUUCCACCAAGUCUAGACUCUGAGGCCAUCACAGAUACCUUGAAAUCUUUAUUCUCGACAAGUUCUGCAACUUCCUUUAUCAAUUUCCAAAGCUACCCACCUGAAAUAGUUUCAAGAGCCUCCAACCCCACCCAAGAUCUUGGCCUAUCCCUCAACUCUUUCCAGGACCAUUCAGCUCCAAACGGCCAGACCCUUUUUGCGGAGUCGGCUUCGGUAUUACCAGAGAGAGAGGGAAGGUCUUGCAACAUGAUUUGGGAUGGAGGAGAGGGAAGGGUCUUGCCGUCUUGUAGAGUGGGUCUAAGGAGAGAGAGGGAAGGUCUUGCAACGUGA